UACGAUUGCAGGAAUAUAAGGCGGCGUGAUUAGAAUAAUAUGUAGAACGAAAUAUUUACGAAGAAAUCAUCAUGAAUAUGUUGCGAGUUCUAUUUUUUUUCGGGAUACUGGUUCUUGUACAUGGAUGUCACCACUUUCGGAGCGAAAGACAUAAAAGAGAUUUGUCCCAACCUGGACCUGCAGGGCGUAUUAACGAAACAAUAACGUUGAGAAAUUUCUUCACCGACUGCAUGCGAAGAAGAUUGCGCUUUGAUGACGGAUAUUUCGAUUAUCAAACGAUUGUCGACUAUGUGAUUCUUGACAGCAACUGGUAUAAUAACAGCAAUGGAACAACUUGCACGUCGGAAAGAUGGAGCGAUGCGGCAUGGUGUUGGAACGGUCGCUUAGCGGAACUGGUUCGUAGAGAAUCUUCGUUAUAUGGUGCGGGCAUAACUUGCAUUGCUCAGUUUGUCACCUAUGCGGCUCGUGGCGGUACAGUUGGGCGUGGAAAACGUCAAUCAGGUUCACAGUCAAAUCCUAUAUCGUCUGGAGAGAUAGCAGACUACAACAGCUGCUUUACGAAUCAACUACACAUGCCCGAUGAUCGGAAUCCUAUUAAUGUUCCCACCCUUACACGGUUUAUACAGAAUUAUACUAUGUGCAGCACAAGAACCGAUAUACUAGAUUGUAGAACAAAAUGAGACAACAAGAGACCUUGCACAAAGCAACUUCGGUUACAGACUCGAGGGGCUCACAAGACCGGACUCGCCUCUAAGAAACGCUAUUACCUACUGCAAUAGGGAUGUCUUCCCAAUAGUAGCGGCUGAACCGGUUCAAAGUACUAACGAAUGCUAUAGUGGUUUCGGUAUGGAUGGAGCUACGUGGUUUCGCAGACAGAAGUGCGCACCAUAUGAGAACGCAUGUCAAACAAAAAUUACCGUGAACGGACAAACGACAAUGAUUACGAAGAAUUGCAAGCAAAGAGAUGCGUGUAUGAGCAACUUUAGUGGCAACAGACAGAACUGCUUCAGUGAAAGAGCAAUAAACAACAGGGCCAGAGUUUGCCAUUUCUGCUGCACUGGAGACCUUUGCAACAUUUCGAAUAAUAUUCAAGAUUAUUAAGAUGUUUCCGCUACCAACAGACGGCAGGAAAUUUCGCACUAUAUAUAAUGCCUGUGUGUUUGCUUAAUAUCCUAAAAAGCUUCGAAUCGAAUUCGAGAUUUGCUUUUUUUGUUAUUCUUUUAGGGUUGAUUUCACAAAGUAAAAUCACAUAUACAGUUGUUUUCUGAAUUGUUUUCCUUUUUAUUCAAUGAUGUGUUCGGUUCAUCAAUAAAACAACCCUGGCUUAUU